GAUCGUUGGCCUCCCACUCUCUCUUAUCUUCUCGAAAUUCGAUCUUGGAAAAGACCGAAACGCCCUUCACUAUUCAUUCUUCCGAAGCGUCGAAGCGCUUUCAACACCCUUCACUGUACAUUCUUGCGAAGCGUCGAAGCGCUUUCAAGAAGCUGUAAAAACGGUAUUUUGGAGAUCAUUUUGAGGGUAAAUCAGUCCACCAGAUCCAACGUUCCCCUCUGCGAUUCCCCGCCACCGCGCUUCGUUCCUCCUCUCCUCAGACUGCCAUGGCGUCGGUCGCUUUGUCUUCCCUCCGACCCGCUGCUCCAGGGACGCCUGAACUUCUCUACGGACUAAACCCGACGAGUCUUCGCGGCUCGUGCUUCCCGAGUUUCCCACGCCACGACGAGUCCAAGGGCUCGCUGAGUUUGUCGAUUGAUAUCCCACGUAAACGGGGACCGUGGAGGACGGCCGCCUCUCUUUUUCCGUUCUUGAAGAAGAAGAAGAAGGACACGGAUGCACUCAAAGAAGAGCUCCUGGAAGCCAUUGCUCCGCUUGAUCGAGGUGCGCAAGCUACAGAGGAGGACCAGAAACGGGUCGAUCAGAUUGCACGAGAACUAGAAUCAGAUAAUAUGAUUAAAGAACCUCUCAAAUCCGAUUUGCUUAAUGGAAAGUGGGAGCUCAUUUACACAACUUCAAGUUCAAUUUUGGCAAGGCAGAGACCAAAACUUCUAAGACCGAAUGGUAAGAUUUACCAAGCUAUUAAUUCUGAUACGCUAAGGGCCCAAAACAUGGAAACGUGGCCAUUUUUCAAUCAGGUGACGGCAAAUUUAGUACCUCUGAAUGCAAGGCGUGUUGCUGUAAGGUUUGAUACUUUUAAAAUUGCAGGCUUGAUACCUAUUAAAGCGCCUGGAAGAGGUCGUGGGGAAUUGGAGAUCACGUACUUGGAUGAUGAGCUGCGAAUUUCACGAGGAGACAAAGGAAACUUGUUCAUUUUGAAAAUGGUGGACCGAUCAUACAGAGUGCCAACUUAGAUUCAUAAGGUUGAAGGGAUGUACUUUCUGCACGACCUUGGUUCAUAGCUAUACGAAGGGGGACCAAGGGACCUUGUUCUUUUUUGAAUUGGCCGCUUGUAUACAGUAGACCUCUAUGUUAAAGAGGCUGAAGUAUUCUCAUGUGUAGUCGAUUUCUCAAACUGUUAGCAUGUUAACAAACCA